UACGUACGUUGCCGUAGAUUUCCUAACGUUUCGUGGUUUUGUGACGCAUCAACGUAUGGUUGAGCGGACAGGAGAAUUUUACUGGCAAGAUGGCGACUUCGGAGCCGGAGAAUAGAAUGACUUCAGAUGUGACACCACCACCUAAUGCAGAGGAGGACUCUAAAAUUACCACGAAAAGUGAACCUGAAGAUGGUCCUACACCCGAGAUACCUACACCCAUCGUUCCAAGUUCUGAGCAGUACAUCAAACACCCUUUGCAGAACAGAUGGGCCCUAUGGUAUUUCAAAAAUGACAAGAGCAAAAGUUGGACAGAAAAUCUACGUCUGAUUGCCAAGUUUGACACCGUAGAGGAUUUUUGGGCAUUAUACAACCAUAUACAGCAACCAAGCAAACUGGGGUUUGGCUGUGACUAUUGCUUAUUUAAGGAUGGCAUCAAGCCUAUGUGGGAGGAUGACAGGAAUAAACUUGGGGGCAGAUGGCUGAUGACCCUAAGCAAACAGCAGAGACAUAAUGACCUUGACCGCUACUGGAUGGAGACGCUUUUGUGUUUAAUUGGCGAGUCUUUUGACGAAGCCAGUGAAGACGCGUGUGGUGCCGUGGUCAAUGUCAGGCCGAAAGGAGACAAAAUAGCCAUCUGGACCGCAAACUGCCAAAACAGGGAAUCCAUCAUGACAAUAGGGCAACAAUACAAAGAGCGCUUGAGUAUUCCCAACAAAACUCUCAUCGGCUACCAGUCACACGAUGACACCUCUAGCAAAAGUGGAUCCACAACGAAAAACAUGUAUUCAGUUUGAAGAAGAUUAAUUCAAGUUGUUGUAGGUUUAUGAAAUUACCAGAUUGCAUCACAUUAAUAACUUUGAGUUGUCAACUACUGUAGUGUCCUUCCUUUUAAACAGAAAGAGCAGGGGGGAAACACAAAACUCGGUAUUUAAAUGUGGAACUUUAAACUUGACUGUUGAACACCUUCAGUAUCGGCUCAUCAAAGGGUGCUAAAUGGCCUAGGAGUUUGAGGGACGGCACCAGUGAAAAUAUUGGAACUGGGCUAGGUGUUACUGAUCUUUUUUUCAGUUUAGAAUCAAAAAUACAUACGACUAAUACAACACAUCCCUGGCAAAAGAGGUUGUAAGGUUUAUUUUAAAAAAAGGAAACCAUCUUUCUUGGCUUUAACCAGUCAUCUCUCUCAUGCUUCAUGUUACAAAGUGUUAUAAGGGAUUUGUCACCACUGGGGUUUACAAACAGAAUGAAUAAUGGCAACUUUCAUCCACCCCGCAAUUUUAAGGGCCACAGCAGUUUUAACAUGUAUCAUUUUUGAAGGUGUUUGGCAUGAGAGGAAUUUGCAAAUGCACCUGCAGACUGACUAUCUUAAAAGGUUUGUAAAAGUUAGCCUAAGUUUCUCUCCAUGUUUGGUAUUUGCCCGGAGAGACCACUUUUUGUUUCAGCCAUGCUGAAAUUGUGAAAAGAAUUGCUUGUAGAACUGUUUUGAAUUCUUGUGUUUCCCCAACCCCACAUCUAUUUAUGGUACAUGCAUUGCAGUUGAGCUAUUAAGUGGGAGGAAGACCAUGAAAGAAAAGAAAAAUUAUUCCUUUUUUUUCUUCCUUUUUUCCAUAUUUGAAAAGGUUAGGAAUGUGGACUACUGCUUAAUGUAGAAACAUUUUUUACAAUAUAUUUUACAGUAACCUCCCUGGUCACCCUUGCUUUUUAGGUGUGCUUUUCACAUUUUUUUUUUCUCUCUCUUCCUAAUAAUACUGUAGACAUUUUUUUCACUAUCGCGAUACUAUCAGGAUCAGUGCGAAUGAAGAGGCUACUCAUCGUGAAUUGAUUUUGCUCAUAUUGUAUCUUUAUUAUCUGUAAUUCCAGGAUGUAUAUUACCUUCUUUCAAGUAAAGAUUAAGUGCUUUGCAUUAA